AUGGCGGACGAGCGGCGGCGGGUUUGUGUGACCGGCGGCAGCGGCUUCAUCGGAUCCUGGCUGGUCCGCUUCCUGUUGGAGAAGGGCUAUGCCGUGCACGCCACGGUCAAAGACCGUACGUGCUCUUCUGUCCAUCGGCCUCUCCUUCUUUCCAUUAUUUUCCGGUCUGCUCGCCGUCGAGGAAGAGGGAACAACGUGGCAGUGUUUGUGUUCUCUGUCGUUCUUCUGUGAGCAGACGAGGAAGGGGAGACGAAGCACCUGCUCGAUCUUCCCGGUGCGGCGUCUGGUCUUCGCCUCUUUCAGAUAGACCUCCUCGACUAUGACUCCAUCCUCGCCGCCGUCCGCGGCACCGCAGGCGUCUUCCACCUGGCGUCACCCUGCAUCGUGGAUCGCGUCCUCGAUCCCGAGGUUCGGAGCUUCAUCGUCCGCUCCAUGUUAUCUCCUCCCCCCUCCUCCCCCUUGUUUCUUCUGUUCUUCCCCCUUGACAUGGCCGCUCCACGAUGGCUCGCAGCGGGAGCUCCUGGAGCCGGCCGUCAAGGGCACCAUCAACGUUCUCCGCGCCGCGAAGGAGAGCGGGGUGAGGAGGGUUGUGGUGACGUCCUCCAUUUCAGCUAUCAUCCCGAGCCCUAGAUGGCCUGCCGAUAUCACCAAGACUGAGGAAUGCUGGACCGAUGUCGACUACUGCAAGGAGAACAAGGUCAGGAAACUCCAUAUGUUUAGCAGACUCUUUUCUAAUGGUUCUCUCCUCUCUGCUAGAUGUUGACGACGGGAUGAACCGAGACUUCGUCCGUAAGAAUAGAUCAGUUGCCCUAAAUUUCUUUCAGACAAAUCCCUGCAUGAUUCGUUCGUUGCUCGUGACAGAUAUGGUAUCCGGCUUCAAAAACUCUGGCAGAGAAAGCGGCCUGGGAUUUCGCCAAGGAGAAUGGACUGGAUGUGGUUGUGAUCAACCCAGGCACCGUCAUGGGUCCCAUCCUGCCGCCCCAGCCCAACGCCAGCAUGGAGAUGCUCGUCCGCCUCCUCCAAGGUGAGCCCAGCUCCUGCAAGCCCGUUCUUACCCAGUAGCUGGGAAUUUCUGUGCAGUACCGACUCUGGAACCAUGUAGUCUGGCGCGGGAGGAAGUCUGUCUGUGAGAUGGAAAGCAUGAAAGUAGCUCCUCCUUGUCAUCCUACGCUUGCUGCUUGCAGCAUUUUUCUCUGAAUUCUUUCAUUGCGGUUGUUCUUCGAUCUCUCUGAUGUUGGAGAAGUACUGGCGUACAGGUUGCUCGGAGGAAUACAAGAAUUUUUACAUGGGUUCUGUUCAUGUCAAGGACGUUGCAGCAGCUCAUAUUCUCCUGUAUGAAAGUGCUUCCGCCACAGGCAGACAUCUCUGUGUUGAAUCGAUAUCACACUGGAGUGACUUUGCUGCUAAAGUCGCCCAUCUCUGUCCAGAGUACAAGGUGCCCAGGUACGAGAAAAAUCUUCCUGCUAUUUUUAUCUUAUUUCCAGUAAGGUUUUGGUGUGCGAGAUGGUUAUUUUUAUUUUCUGACAUAUGAACUCAUGUUAAACAACUCUGUUUAGCUGUAAUUACCCAUCAUCAAGAUCCCAUAAUACCGAUAUUUGUGCUAAUAUCGGUAACUUUUUUGAAGAUUUUUUUUCUUGUUAUUUUUAUUCACUUCUACGUCUAAAUAUUAAUUUAAGAAUAUAUAUAACAGAUAUAUACUUUAUUAAUUUAUUAGAGUUGCGCAGCCCGACGAAAUUACCCCCAUACCCAUAUCAAUAAUUCGUCGCGUUAAAGCGUAAUCUGUGGAUCAUUCGGCGGAUUGCUGACGGCAUGCAGCUGAAUUGCUCCCUAGUAUUCUAUUCUUGACCCCUUGGAAAGAAAGUAAAAAACGUGUUUUGGCCCUGGUCGGUAUGGCGUCUCUGUCGGAGGCGGCUAGCUAAGGUUGUUUUUUUUUUCCCCCUCGUUUGCAGUUUCCCGGCCGACACUCAGCCUGGGCUGCUCAGGACGAAGGAACCCUCGAGGAAGCUGAUCGAUCUCGGUCUCCGUUUCACCUCCGUGAACGAGAUCAUCAAGGAUUCGGUGGAAUCUCUGAAGCGUCGAGGUUACGUGUAA